UCUCAUCCACUCCUCUGGCCUCCAUCUCCUUGGAACAAGGUUCAUCUCCAGCCCCAGCCAUGUCCUGCUACAGGCCCUGCCAGCCCUGCGGCCCAACCCCGCUGGCCAACAGCUGCAAUGAGCCCUGCUGUGUGAGGUGCCAGGACUCCACCGUUGCCAUCCAGCCCUCCCCCGUGGUGGUGACCCUGCCCGGCCCCAUCCUCAGCUCCUUCCCACAGAGCACCGCCGUGGGCUCCUCCACCUCCGCUGCCGUUGGCAGCAUCCUCAGCUCUCAGGGGGUGCCCAUCAGCUCCGGGGGCUUUGGCCUCUCUGGGCUCUCUGCCUUGGGCCGUGGCUCCUGUGGCAGGAGCUGCCUGCCCUGCUAG